UCUUGCUUUUCUGUUCUAAGCAGGAAAUGAGAAUUGAAGAUUGGGAUGUUAAUAAUGUUUUAGUUGAAGACAGCUUUGUUUGUUAGUUUACGAGGUUGUGAAAGAUUGAAGAUUAGUGUUGAAAAUGGAUUGAAGAAGCUGGCAGUCCAGUUUUGGAUGCAAUGUUAAAGGCAUUAGCUACUGGGCUGUUGAUUAUUUCACUCCUAAUAUCGGUGUCCGUGGCCGACAACGGCUUUCCUAGAUGUAAUUGUGAUGAUGAAGGGAGUUUAUGGAGCAUUGAAAGCAUCCUUGAGUGCCAAAAAGUGAGUGAUUUCUUGAUUGCUGUGGCCUACUUUUCAAUCCCGGUUGAGCUGCUUUACUUUGUUAGCUGUUCAAACGUACCAUUCAAAUGGGUCCUCUCUCAGUUCAUUGCCUUCAUUGUUCUAUGUGGAAUGACUCACUUGCUCAAUGGCUGGACCUAUGGACCUCACCCGUUUCAGUUAAUGUUGGCCCUCACUGUGUUCAAGAUCCUCACUGCCUUGGUCUCAUGUGCCACAGCUAUAACUCUCAUUACUCUCAUUCCAUUGCUUCUCAAAGUGAAAGUUAGAGAAUUCAUGUUGAAGAAAAAGGCGUGGGAUCUCGGCCGAGAAGUUGGGCUUAUAAUGAAACAGAAAGAGACUGGAUUGCAUGUUCGAAUGCUGACUCAAGAGAUACGCAAAUCGCUUGAUAGGCAUACAAUCCUGUACACAACUUUAGUCGAGCUAUCGAAAACUCUGGGUCUGCAGAAUUGUGCAGUUUGGAUGCCUAAUGAGAUUAAAACAGAGAUGAAUUUGACCCAUGAGUUGAAUGGUAGGAAUUACUCGGAUUUAUGUAAUUGUUCUAUACCAAUUACUCAUCCAGAUGUUUUGAGGAUUAAGGGUAGUGAUGGGGUGCAUAUCCUCGAACCUAGCUCAGCACUUGCCACCGCAAGUAGUGUAGAGUCUGGUGAGCCAGGUCCUGUGGCUGCAAUUAGGAUGCCAAUGCUUCGGGUUUCAAAUUUUAAAGGGGGAACUCCAGAGCUAGUCCAAGCAUGUUAUUCAAUAUUAGUUUUGGUUCUUCCAAGUGGAGAACCUAGAACUUGGAGCAAUCAGGAACUAGAGAUAGUUAAGGUGGUCGCUGAUCAGGUGGCUGUAGCACUCUCUCAUGCUGCAGUACUUGAAGAGUCCCAGCUCAUGAGGGAGCAAUUGGAGGAGCAAAAUCGAGCUUUACAACAGGCACAACAAGAUGCUAUGAUGGCAAGCCAGGCUAGAAAUGCAUUUCAGAAGGUAAUGAGUGAUGGGAUGAGGAGGCCACUGCAUUCAAUUAUGGGUUUGCUUUCGGUUAUGCAGGAUGGAGAUAUGAAUAAUGACCAAAAGAUGAUUGUCAAUACAAUGAUGAAGACCAGCAAUGUCCUUUCGACUUUGGUAAAUGACAUUAUGGACAUUUCAACAAAGGACAACGGGAGGUUCCCAUUUGAGAUUAGAUCUUUCCGGUUACAUGCCAUGAUAAAAGAAGUGGCUUGCCUUGCCAGGUGCUUGUGUAUUUAUAGGGGCUUUGGUUUUUCAAUUGAGGUUGAGAGGUCCUUGCCUGAUCAUGUUAUGGGUGAUGAAAGGAGAGUUUUUCAGGUCAUUUUGCAUAUGGUUGGAAACCUAUUGAAUGGCAACAAUGGGGGAGGGACUGUAAUGCUUCGAGUUGUCUCAGAGACUGGAAGUCAGGAGAGGAAUGAUCAAAGAUGGGCAACCUGGAGGCAAACCUCACCUGAUGGGGAUGUAUAUAUCAGAUUUGAAAUUGGGAUGCACAAUGUUGGUUCUCAAUCAGAGUGCUCUACUUCAGGGGGACAGCUUGGUGGUAGAAGAAGUGCCAGUGAAGGAAUUGAGGACCGCUUGAGCUUCAGCAUUUGCAAAAAGAUAGUGCAGUUGAUGCAAGGGAACAUCUGGGUUGUCCCAGAUUCUCAUGGUUUUACUCAAAGCAUGGGGCUUGUUCUUCGGUUUCAACUACGACCAUCCAUUGCAAUAGCCAUCUCUGAAUCCGGUGAAUCGUCAGAGCACCCACAGUCCAAUUCUCUUUUAAGAAGCUUGCAGGUUUUAUUAGCAGAUGGUGAUGAUGUGAAUAGAGCGGUGACCCGGAAGCUGCUUGAGAAGUUAGGUUGCAAUGUGUCUGCUGUUUCAUCUGGAUUUGAAUGCCUUAGUGCCAUUGGCCCUGCAGCAUGUUCAUUCCAAAUUGUCAUUUUAGAUCUUCAGAUGCCUGAGUUGGAUGGGUUUGAAGUUGCAUUGAGAAUUCGGAAAUUCCGGAGUCGUAGUUGGCCAUUGAUUGUGGCCUUGACAGCAAGUGCUGAUGACGAUUUGUGGGACAGAUGCAUGCAGGCCGGCAUGAAUGGUGUUAUUCGAAAACCAAUUCUGUUGCAAGGAAUUGCCAAUGAGCUUCGAAGAGUCCUGCUGCACGCAAACAAAGUGUAAGUUACCGAAUUGCAGCAAUCUUUGAAUCUAUUCUGGUGAAGAUCUCAAUGAAAUAAGCAAACGACACCAUUUUGCCUCCCCCUUAUUCCCCCACCAAGUUCCCAGCAUAGACAUGUUACGUACAGUACAUUCACAGUCAAAUGGUAUACAAGUUUAGCUCCGUUCUAUUUAAAUGUGAUUGAACAUUUUUUCAUUAUUCUAUAUAUGCAUAGUUUAGAUGAAAGCAUAUAAAAUAAACAUCGUCAUAAACAUAUAUCAUCCUGAUAAAUAGGCAAAACAUUGU